CACCACCACCACCACACCACCACACCACACGACGACGACCAACGACGACGACCAACGACGACGGCAACAACGACGACGAAAUAUCCGGACACGGCGAAGCAAAUUUAGUGUAGAUAGUUGGUGAUUCGAUAAUAUUGUAUUUCUUAAAAUGGCAAAGACCUAUGACUAUUUAUUUAAGUUGCUACUUAUCGGGGACUCGGGCGUAGGCAAAACUUGUGUAUUGUUCAGAUUUUCCGAGGAUGCAUUCAACACGACCUUCAUCUCCACUAUUGGAAUCGACUUUAAGAUUCGAACCAUCGACUUGGACAACAAGAAGGUCAAGUUACAAAUAUGGGACACAGCAGGACAGGAGAGGUUCAGAACAAUAACGACAGCAUAUUAUCGUGGUGCGAUGGGUAUAAUGCUUGUAUACGAUGUGAACAACGAAAGGAGUUUUGAGAAUAUAAAAAACUGGAUUCGCAACAUCGAAGAAAAUGCAUCAGCAGAUGUUGAAAAGAUGCUGUUGGGUAACAAAUGUGAUCUCGCAGAUAGGAGGCAAGUUUCAAAGCAGAGAGGAGAGCAAUUGGCAGUCGAGUACGGUAUAAAAUUCAUGGAAACUUCCGCCAAGGCCAGUAUUAAUGUCGAAGAAGCUUUUUACACCCUAGCCCGUGAUAUUAAGGCCAAAACGGAAAAGAAAUUGAAGGAAGCAUCAAAUCCAACGAAGUCUGGUGGUCACGCGUUAAGAGCUCCGGAGAUAUCGAGAAAGCCACCAGUAUGGCUAGCCCGUUGUUCCAUACUCUGACCCGCCAAGCCAGAUGCACACUUUAUCGAGGCUCAUUCAUGUACUUCUAUUAUAAAUUUGCGUUCUUUUUGUCGAACAAAAUUAACGUUUAACAAGGCUACACGCUUGCUCGAUAUCGUACUCCAACAUUUUAUUCUUUGACAGCAAAUUUGUUUCAUCAUCUGGUGGUGUUUUUUUUUUUUUUUUUUAUAAAUUAUUCAUUAUAAAUCCUAUCCACUGAUCGAAGGAUUAGGAGAAAAAAUGACCAAGAUAGGUUUCUGUUGCUUUUCCCGACACAUUCGAAAUAAUACAUUCAAAAGUAUGAGAUGUGUCAUUAGUCUUAUGUUUGGGCCCGGGCUGUGAUUGCUGCUUAAAAGUGUCAUUAGUUUUGUUUCCAUGUUUUUAAACUUGUUUAGCAUUUGUUGAGAGUUCAUUAUGCCAUGAUUAACUUUUUAUUGGACACUGAAGCUACUCUCAUUAAUCGUCCUCGAUUUCCUUCGAUUGGUGUACAGUGGCGAUGCAUCAACAUUAAACCACACAACACUAUGGAACUUCGAAAAACCAUGUACGAAACACAAAUACAGGCUGUUUCAUUUGUAACUAAAUAGGAACUUGCAUAUCAUGGCGAUGUAACGCGCUAUUUCACGUUCAAACUGAAACAGUGUGUCUCCGCAAUAUAUUAACGUAAAACACAAACGACUUAAUUAUUGAUAGAAGAAAGCACUUCAAUAAUUACCUGUGUCCGUGCGAUGCAAACAGAGAUCGUGAUCGUUAUAAACGAAAUAGCUUUUACACCGAAUUAAUAAUAACAAAUUCACAUAACAUGAUACUACCACGUAGCCGCAUUAAUUAUUAGUUCAAUAACUAUACUCGUAAGAAAUAUAUAAAUAAAUUUAAAAAAAAAAAGAAACAAUGAAAUGCAAUUAUCGCAUCAUGCGAUAUUGUGGAUUUUAAAAAACAAUUACUCAAUCUAAAAUUUAUAGUAAUAGAUUUUGAAGGUGAUGUAUUGGUAUGUGUAAUCCGUAAGAGUUUUCACCUAUAUAUUGGAAAAUGACGAGAUAUGUGGAAAUUUUUCUGCUGUAUACGUGCAGGUGGGGAUUUAUGUACAGAGUAACUAUAGAGAAAUUCAUUAUUAAUUGCUUGUUGUUGUCACAGCCUUUUACAUAUUCUUGACGAUUUUCAGAUUUUUAUCUUUUGACCCAGUUCAAUUCAGUUCCGAAUAUACAAACGAUAAUACAUUUUAUAUUAAUCCUACAUAUCUCUGUGUGUGCGUGUGUAUGUUCGUUGAAGAAGCCCUGCCUUUUGCCACUAUCCUGUUAUUAUCGUUCGAAUUCAAAGUUUAGAGUACAUUGUUCCUCGAUUUUGUUAAUCUAAUUUAAUUUUUAAUAGUCUGGUGUUAAAUUAAAUAUCGCCAAUCCAAAUUA